CGAGAGUGGAAAACCGCCUGAAAGAGCCCAGCGAAGCCGCGGCUAUAUAUAGUCACCCUUGUGCGGUGCGCCAGAGGAGGCGAUGGUUAUUCGUCGUGAUGGUGAUGUGCGUGCGUAUGUCCGUAAAUCGCGAGAACGAUACACCUACAUAGCCGGCUCGGACGCGUGCCCUAACCUUAACGAACGCCACUGUCUGUGCCCCGUCCAUCCCCGCAACGCGAACGUCAGCUGCAGCAGCGGAGUGACCGGGCGACUGAUAUAACAACCGAAGGCACUUGUAGAGAAGUGAUCGAAUGGAGGGUAACUCACCGAUGACCUCUCGGAGCUCGUAGUCGUCCUUAGCGUUAGGCCAGCCCUGGACGGGCGGCGAGGAGGUGCUGCUGCUCGCGGACGCCAUCUUGUUAGCCAGUGCUGUGUAGCCGAAGCAGCGCGAGCGCCGGGAGAAGCUGCUCGACGAGCCGCUGCUGCUGCUGUUACUGCGCUGCGUCGACGUAGACGAGGAGGAGCUCGAGCCGCCGCCGCCACCGCCACCGCCGCUGCUGCGCAACGCAGAGACGCUGCACUCGAGCUGUUGUUGUUGCUGCUGCUGCUGCUGCUGCUGCUUCAACUGCGGAUGAGAAGUGUGAUUUGUGCGGUUGAGAGGAUCGGCGAACUGCUGCUUCUGAGCUGGCAAGCAAGCGGUGCAGGCAUCUCCUCUUUCAGGAUCUACGACCUGCCUUGGCAGCAGCAACAAGUACAUCAACCGCCACCUCAUGAAGACGAUGGUUAUAAUGCGCUGCGUCAGCAAGUCCAGUAUGACCUCCAAAAAGUGAAGAGCAAUGCGAGAGACGUGUCGUAUCUGCCGGAGGACGUCUACGACGAGGAGCAGAAGCUUGAGCAAGAAGCUGCCGAUGGAGAAGAGAGAUUAAGCAGAAAUGAUCGUAGCUUGUUACCUGAAUAUCGUAACUUGUGUGAAACGGUGACGCGCAAAGUGAAUCUGAAGAACGAUCCAAAUUACGAGUACCAGCCUCCGCAUUAUCACGAAGUGUUUUGCAAGAGCUAUUCCCUCAUGGACGAUGAGCCAGUGAAGCCUUCUGCUCCAUCCAAGCAGAAGUGUGCCCACCCAAGCUUCCACUGCGUGCAGCGGAGUCGCACGCUCUUUUUGGUACGUAGGCGCUGGGACGGCGAGUGCUGGGAGCCGGUGACCAAGGUUGUGGCCAGCGGCUGCGAUUGCAUGUGGCCUGUCUCCUCUCUAGGCGACGUGUCCAUUCACUACUGACAUUCUUCGCGCGGAAGAAACGCAAUUAUAUCGAAGAAGCCCAGUAUUAAAUGAAAAAGUAGUCGAGCGACGAGAAAGCGGUUAAACUGAUCAAUGUAUUAUUAAAUUCGUUAAUUUGUAAUUUAUGUAAUAUAUAAAUAAUUAUUUAUUCUUAUUUUUUGUCUCUCCUCGUUUGGUAAUAAAAAUACGAACGAACAUA